AGACCACCAACGCGUCCUCGAGGGACACAAAAGAGAAAGAGAACGAGAGUAGUAGUGUGUAGUAGUAGUAGGAGUAGUAGUAGUAGUAAUAAUGGUAUUAGUAAUACAGUAGUAGGCUGGGGGAGGUGGUUCGAGGGGAAAGGAGUAAAGAAAAAUCUUCCUAGAGCAUUGUUUCUAAUACCAACGUGUUAUUUUAUCGAGAACUCCAACCGGAAACGACUUUCCAACGAAUUCCAAAGUCAAAUCGACCGAUGGGGCCCCCUCCUCGCCACCGUCACCGUCACCGCCAAGAAUUACAUGCGAUAUUGUUCUUUUUCUUCUUCUUCUUUCUUUUUACUUUUUUCCUUGUUAUUUAAAAAUAUGGAAAAGUUGACGCCAAUAUGCCCUAUAGCGUGUUAUCGUCGGCGCUAUACUUAAUUUAUUCUUAUGGCUAUGAAUAAACAAGCGUCAAGUAAUAAUACUUUAAAUUGUGAGGAACUUUGAGACUCGUGUCAGUGUCGGAUCCGAUUAAAUGUUACUUUAGAAGCGGAUCGUACGAGUUAAGGAUCGAUAUAACAUGACUCAUGUGUCUCUCUCUCUCUCUCUCGUCGUCGUCAACAACGACGUACCCUUUUUUUCUUUUACCCUUCUUGUUUACAGUUCAAGAGUAUCGAUCGUGCUCGAUUCUCUCUCUUUCUCUCGCGUGUGUACUGCAAGAAAGCGUAUUUCGUCGUCAUCAUCAUCAUCGUCGUCUUCUUCUUCAUCGCGGUCGUUGGUCGUGCCAGUCGAGAAAGAAGAAAACUAACUGCUAAAACGAGUAUAUGUGUUUAUUGUUUCCUAUGACACUAUCUAGUCUGCCUAUCGGUCUGUUUUUUUCUCACCUUUUACUGCUUCGAAGUAGAACUAGAGAAAAAGAUGAUAUCAUUUAUUUUAUUAUGAAGAAAUAUAAGAAGAAUUCGAUUGGUUCUAUGACCUUAUAACAUUCCUAUUAAAUUCAUUCGAUAUUUCUAUUUCCUAUAUUUCUUUUCCUAACUAUCUAUAUGAACUUCGAAUGUGAUGCAAACCGUUGAAGGUCGUUCGAAAACUAAUAGGUUAUAAUCCGCCAUUUUGAAUAAAUUGUUCGUAAGUAAUAAGUACCUAGUUUACCCCGUUCAUUACGUUUUCCUAUUAUCGGUGAACGAUAAAAGAGUUCAUUGUUCUUGUCAAAGAGAUAAUUCUUCUUCUACUUCUAUUUCUAUUUCUACUUCUUCUACUUGUACUUAUUCACAGUAGCCUUGCCACAUUUCUCUUCGAAUCUAACGCGAACGACCUAAAAACAGAAAAAUAAAGAAAUAAUUAGAACAUGAUUGCUAAAGAAAAGCAAUUAGAAGAAGAUGUUGAAAGAGAAAAAAUAUCCAAGGAAUUGUCAGUGACAUCGUCGGAUCCAAAUAUACGAAAACUUGCUAGAAGACAACGAAUUCAACGUCGUUUGAGUGCUCUGCAUAAGGUAAAAGGAACAGAAGAUGAAGAAAUUAUCGAAAAAACUUCUAUCGAAGGACAGAUAUUAGCCAGUACUGAAAUCUUGGAAGAAAUUAAAACAGAAGCCGAGGAAGUGAUAUCUAAUGUAAGAGUUGCAAAUGAUGCACGUGAAUUGGAACGACGUAAAGAAACACAAGCUACAAGAGAGAUUUUAUUGAAUAAACUUGAAAAAGAAAAUGAGGAAUGCAUGGCCAAGUAUCGAGAGAUCGAUGAAAAAUGGUCUAACAUUCUUACAUCGAAAGAUCCAUUGGAUAUACACGAGGAAAUGAAACUGCAAAAUACAAAAUGUUUCGAAUUAAUAGCAAAAAAAGAUGAAGUAAUAAUUGGACUUAAAGCUGAACUGGAGAAUGCUGAUCUUAGAUUUACUGAAGACUUGAAGAAACAGAAUGAAGAUAUCGAUGUAUUGAUAGAAAGAAUAGAUCGUCAGUUAAACGUUAUAGCCAAGGCUUACCGUAAAGAAUUAAACAACAUCGACAAUGUCUUGGAUACCGAACGUAAAUUAAUUUUGAAUACCCUCGAAGAAAAAUGGGAAGCUUUUUACGAGAAGUUGCUAAGUGAUAAUACAGAUGCAAUCGAAAAAAGGAAAGAUGUUGUUCGCGAAUACGAGAAAGAAAUGGAACGAGUAAUGAUCGAACAUCAUGAGAAAUUUCGUUCUGAAAGAAUCACCUUGGAAUUGGAGAAUCAAGAUCUUCAACAGAAACUUCAGGAUAUGAAAGCUUUUUGUUUGAUGAACGUCGAAAAACUGAACUACAAUUAUGCUGUUCUCAAGCAUAGAGAUGAAGAAAAUACUAUAAUCAAAAAUGAACAGAAAAGACGAAUGAAUAAGCUUCAAGAUACUAUGAAUGAAUUAAAAAGGACCUACAUCAAAUUGGAAGAAGAUACUCGAAUCGAAAUUCAAAGCUUGACUGAUCAAGUUCUUAAAGCACAUAAAAAUAUUUUAGAACUCGAAGAGAAAUCUCAGCAUUUUACUAACAUCAAUGAGAAGAAAUACUUUCAAAUAUGGGACAUGAAUGUAAAACGUGCCAACGAGCUGGUCGAUAAAAUUUUGGCUACCGAUCGAAUAAUACACGAACAAGCGUUAGGAUUAUUAUGGCAACCACCAGAAGAGAAACUUUUGACCAAAGAAGAUUUACCUUCUUAUUGUACUGCGAUCAGUACUAUAAACAAAGUAAGGACGGAUGCUUUAGAAAAAAAACAAAUGCCUAUUAUUUAUAAAAAAGCUGUCACCUUGGAAGACAUCAAUUUGGAAAGACGUUUGUUGAAUCAUAUAAUGAAACAAAUAUCCGAACAAUCUGGUUACCUGAUUGAUGACAAUAUACAAAAAUUACUUAUACCGUAUACAAUUGAGGAUAAUAUAAUUAUUAGAUUAGACAAUGUUUUUCAGGCGUUAAACAUUGUAUCCGAAGAAGAAGUUCACUUCUUAUUGAAUUUCUUUCUGCCUUAUACGUAUUGUCCCGAUUGUAGGUCAUCGGUUAAAAGUAUAUCCAAAGAUACGGAGGACAAAAUAAUAGAAUCUUCUUCAUCAUCAUCGAGCACGAGUAACACACCUGUGGUAUGUGGCGAAGAAUUAGACGAAGAAGCUGUUAAUUUAGUGGCAACUAUAAAAGAAGAGAUCUUCUUCGAUGAUGUAUGCUCAGGUGUUUGUAAACGUGUUGACCCAGAUCAAUCGCAAGAUCCUCUUUCCUUGGAAGAGACUAGACGAUCAACUUCCAUAGAAGAAUCGUGUUCGUCAAACAUCGAAAGUAAAAAUUCAUCGCAAGAAAAUGAACUGAGUCGACUGGUCUGUAAAAAGGGUCAUUUGCUCAGAAUUCAUGCAUCGUUUGUUACAAGAGCGUUAAAAGAAUUCAUAGAGAAAUAUCAUUUUAUUAAACGCGACGAAACACCUGAAUCAUUGAAGGAAAGAUUAUCGGCAAGGAAAGUUACAAUCUCGCGAAGUUUGACCAUCGAGGAUAUAAAAGAAUUUUGGAAAAGAUACAGGGAUUUGUUUCCUCCGACUAAGGAACGUCUUUGGGAUGGUUUACUUAUCGGACUUAAACAAUACCAUGAAACUUUGAAAGAAAGACAACAAUUGAGCAAUGAGACUGAAUUUUUAAAGAAACAAAAUUCUGAGCUAAGACGUUUGCUCAAGACUUACACUUUACAGGAGACUGAAAAUAGUUCAAUAACAGAAACAGAAUUAUCUUUGUCUAUCGAAAUGUAACCAAAAAAAAUGAUAACACAGAUAUAAUUUAAUCUAUCAACUUCCUAUUUGAAGUUUCUUAAGUUAUUUUUUACGAGGUUGGAUUUAAAUCUCAGACCAACACUCAACCCCUAUUAGUCGGCUUUUACGACAAGCAGAGGAUACUGUGGGUAUAUUCUAUUCCCAACCCACAGGGAAAGAUGCCAAUAAAUAUUUUUUUACUAUAAUAAAAACGCGUUGGUCAAUUCAUUGAUAUGAACAAUUAAUUAUUAUCUAUUAAAUUGAUGGAUAAAAAAGGCCACAAAGUUGAUAAUAAAGU